AGAAAGCCAAAGACGGGCAGUUGUUCUACACCCCGCCUCCUGCCGCGGAGCUGCUGGGUGAAGGCUAGGCUGUGCAGCCAGGGGUGCUAGGGGUUAGGGGCAAGCCCCGGAAGUCGAGUACCCGGCGCCUUGCUGCAGUGUGCCCAGCUUCGUAUCCCGACACCAAGGCUGCUCGAGCCCAGGGUGCUUUUUUCAUUUUUCCUACCAUUUCCCAGUCCCUGGCCCAAUAUGAUACUGACCAAAGCCCAGUACGACGAGAUAGCCCAGUGCUUAGUGUCUGUGCCGCCUACCAGGCAGAGCCUGAGGAAGCUGAAGCAGAGGUUUCCCAGUCAAUCGCAGGCCACUCUGCUGAGCAUCUUCUCCCAGGAGUACCAGAAACAUAUUAAGAGAACACAUGCCAAACAUCAUACUUCAGAAGCAAUUGAAAGUUAUUACCAGAGGUAUCUGAAUGGAGUGGGGAAAAACGGAGCUGCCCCAGUGCUCCUGGAGCUAGCCAAUGAGGUGGACUACGCACCCUCAUUAAUGGCUCGGAUCAUACUAGAAAGGUUUCUACAGGAGCACAAGGAAACUCCACCCUCCAAGUCUGUUAUAAAUAGUAUGCUACGGGACCCUUCUCAGAUUCCAGAUGGAGUUCUAGCAAAUCAGGUCUAUCAGUGCAUCGUGAACGACUGCUGUUAUGGACCACUGGUGGACUGCAUCAAACACGCCAUUGGUUAUGAGCAUGAAGUCCUGCUAAGAGAUUUGCUUCUGGAGAAAAACCUGUCCUUCCUUGAUGAAGAUCAGCUCCGUGCAAAGGGUUAUGACAAAACGCCAGACUUUAUUUUACAAGUACCCGUUGCUGUAGAAGGGCACAUAAUUCACUGGAUUGAAAGCAAAGCUUCAUUUGGUGAUGAAUGUAGCCACCACGCCUACCUGCAUGACCAGUUCUGGAGCUACUGGAAUAGGUUCGGGCCAGGUUUAGUCAUCUACUGGUAUGGAUUUAUCCAGGAGCUGGACUGUAACCGGGAGAGAGGCAUCUUGCUCCAAGCCUGUUUUCCCACCGACAUCGUCACCUUAUGCCAUAACGUAGCUUGACCCCAAUGAUCCUGGAAGAGAAGCCGGGAGGAAAAGGUGAAUCCGGAAGCAAUUUUACUUUCCUGCCACGUAAACUCCUGGCAACAUCUGCCCUGAACUUCAGCUGAACUCUCACUGCCCAUGGUCACACCACUACCUCUUUAGACAAACAUAUCAAGAGUUUCUGUUUUCCUUCAUCCGUUGCUGAUGUGAACAGCCAAGUACUACAGACACAACCCACUCAUUAUCAGCAUUUCUGUCUCUGUCAAACAGUUAGUUUAUAGAUAGUCAUAAUCUUUCUUCCUUCCGGAUGGUUUCUCCUUAUAUACUGAACAAAAGGAAAAAUGCGGAGACUGAAAGGUGUGAUUUUUCAAUUCUCCUCCCACUUACCGAAUCACCCUCUGAUUUUUUUUUUUUCUUUCCAAGCCUUUAUUCACUCUCUCUCCCUUCCCAUUUCUCUUCAUGUGUACUCAUGGAUACCCAGGGUUGCGUUACCAUUCUGGAAUAAUCUGGCAUAGUCCUAGCAAAGCCAAAAUCAUGAAGGCUGCAACUCGAUUUUCACUCUCACCUGCAAGGGCAGACCUCGCUGGGAACCCAUGCUUGUUUUGUCCAGUCUUUAUGGUUUCCUGACUUGGAUGGCAUUAAGCCAAGCUGCAAAAAUAUACUCGAUGAGAAUUUCCUCUUUAUAAUACACAUUCGAACACCAAACAUGUUCCAUUUAUCUCAUUGAAAAGCGUCAAUUACGUUGUGUCUGGAAACCACACUCCUUCUCUGGAUUGAGGGCCGAGGGGAGAGGAUGGAAAGUCGGUGCCAGCACUGACAAGAGUUUAUUUUUAAACACGGCUAGCAUCGGUAUGUAUGAUCGUCGGUAUUUUUAUGAGUAUAAUUUUUCAAAAGUGCAUUUUGUACCCUGCUUUGUAUCUGCAUUUUAUACCACAUAAUUAUACAACACUCAAAUAAUUUAGGCAUUAGGAAUGUUCCUGCUUUGAAUGAAUUAAGUGUACCAAAAAUAAACCUGGAGCUAUUUUCAAGUAAGCAAAAUAAAGGAAGUUUCGGAUUGUUCAUUUUCAUUUAUUCCCUUUGCCUGCUGCAGACCAAAUCUCCAGCUAAAGCAAAACAUCAAUAAAUUCAUUAUGAACCUGUCUUUUAGGAAGUUAAAAAUGAAGCCAUUCCCAAAAUGUAUUUAGUAAAAUACUUGCCCUCAUGCUGACAAAACAUUCUUUAUAAUGUUGAAUGAGUUUGGAAAUAUUAGUGAAAAUGUAACUUUUACACAUAC